AUGUUUUUUUUCGGUUUCGUUAUUAUUUUAUUAUCGUCUGCUACCGUUCGUGCGGAUUUUGAUAAUGACGUAAGAGUUGAUUCCGUCGGAUCACCAUCAUCAACUUCCGGUAGUGAUGAUCUUGUGGCUGUUGUCGCAAGAAAUUGUUUGAUGGGUACCGAACCCACAAUGACGUGUUUGAGAGAAAGAGUUCUUUUAUACGUCAAUAAUCUUUUGGGAGUUCGAGAUAAUUAUCAAGGAAGAAGUAGUAGUAGUAAUUUAUCCGAUAAAAAAAUGGAUGCAUUGAUAGCGAAACGAUUGAAAAAAUUAAUAAACAGUCACGAAUUUAAAAUUCAGCUCCCUAAGUUUCUUUUUCAAGAAGCCAUUUUGACUUUUACACCGUCUAAGGGACUCGCUGAUUUUAAAAUUGAUUUUCCGGAAGAAAAAUCGUUACAGGCUGAAGGAAGAGGUCAUUUGAAAAAAAAACUUCUUCUCCCACUUCUCCUCCUCCUCAAACUUAAAAUAAAAGCGUUGACUCCGAUUUUACUUUUGAUAAUUGGCAUAAAAGCCGUUAAAGCUUUCAUUAUGAGUAAACUUUCACUUCUUCUCGUCAUCGGUUUCAUUUUAUUACAAUUAUUUAAAAAAGGCGGUAUGCCUAUGGCAAUGAUGCCUGCAGCCAUGACGACCGAACCACCACCCGCUUACGGUCCACCCCAAUCUCCGGCAACAUACGGACCACCGGCUCCGAGUCCCGACACGACUUACGGAUCUUGGGAACCGACGACCAGUAGCAACAACGGAAACGGAAACACUUACUCGAGGUGGGAUUCUCAUAAUUUGGCUUACAAUGCUCAUCAACCCGAAGGUAAAACGUCACAACAACCGGGAAUAUAA